AGCAACUACUCUCGAUCGAUCCUCUUAUUGGCAUUUGCUGAGUUGCUUCCCCACACCAUAUGUUUGCUCCUGACGCAAGUGGUUUAGGUCUAGAUGGAUACACUGUUCAGGUUGGUUAGCCUCCACCAAGAACAGGCACAGGCACAGGCACAGGCUUCUUCCUCGCCGGACCAGCACCAACAACAGUCGCCCUACAACUCCUCCCGCUCGACGACCUCCACCGGCUCCCGCUCCUCCUCCUCCCACCACACCCACAACCACAACAACUCUCACUCCUACUACUAUCCCCACUCCCACUACCACUCCCAUCCCUACUACAACAACAGCAGCAGCAACAACAAUAGUAGCGGCAACAGCGACAGCUACUACCACGAUCACCACACCGCCGGCGGCUGCUAUUCGGAGACUGCUGCGCCCUACCAGCUGCAAGAAGAAUGCGCCAACGACCAAAGCUUCUACAUGGAUGAAGACUUCUCCUCCUCCUCCUCCUCCCGCCAGUUCCACCAGUCGCACCCCCAGCCGACACAGCUGCCGCCCACGCAGCCGCCGACUGCUCCAACGCCGCCUCUGUCGACGUCAUCACCCGGGGGCCACGGGCUGUUCGAGGCCGCGGACUUCUCCUUCCCGCAUGUCGAUAUCAACAUCGACUUCGGCUCCCCAGCGUCGUCGGGUGCCGCCGGCGGUACAGGGACCGCCUCGUCGUCUUCCGGGGGCGGUGGCGUGGAGAGGUGGGCAGCCCAGCUGCUGCUGGAGUGCGCGCGCUCGGUGGCCGCGCGCGACAGUCAGCGUGUGCAGCAGCUCAUGUGGAUGCUCAACGAGCUGGCGUCCCCGUACGGCGACGUCGACCAGAAGCUCGCAUCCUACUUCCUGCAGGGACUCUUCGCGAGGCUCACCGCCUCUGGGCCCCGCACCCUGAGGACGCUCGCGGCGGCGUCCGACCGGAACACGUCCUUCGAUUCCACGCGCCGCACCGCGCUCAAGUUCCAGGAGCUCAGCCCAUGGACGUCGUUUGGGCAUGUCGCCGCGAACGGGGCCAUACUGGAGUCCUUCCUAGAGGCGGCGGCGGCCGGCUCCUCUUCGUCCUCGAAGCCCCAGCGGCUGCACAUCCUGGACCUGAGCAACACGUUCUGCACCCAGUGGCCCACUCUGCUGGAGGCGCUCGCCACGCGAUCUCCGGACGAAACGCCGCACCUGUCCAUCACCACCGUGGUGCCCACGUCGGGGCAGUCCGGCGCCGCACAGCGCGUGAUGCGCGAGAUCGGGCAGCGCCUCGAGAAGUUCGCGAGGCUGAUGGGAGUGCCCUUCAGCUUCCGCGUCGUUCACCACGCGGGAGAUCUCGCCGAGCUGGACCUGGACGCGCUCAACCUCCGGGAGGGCGGCGCCACCACCGCGCUCGCAGUGAACUGCAUGAACGCCCUCCGUGGGGUUGCCGCGGGCGGCGCUCGACGGCGCGACGCGUUCGUCGCGUCACUCCGUCGGUUGGAGCCGCGCGUGGUGGCGGUCGUGGAGGAGGAGGCCGACCUGGCGGCGUCGGGCGAGGAAGCUGACACGGAGGCGGGGUUCAUGAAGGUGUUCGGCGAGGGCCUCCGGUUCUUCUCGGCGUACAUGGACUCGCUCGAAGAGAGCUUCCCGAAGACGAGCAACGAGAAGCUGGCGUUGGAGAGGGCGGUCGGCCGUGCCAUCGUAGACCUCGUGUCCUGCCCGGCCUCAGAAUCUUCCGAGCGACGGGAGACCGGGGCCUCGUGGGCGCGGCGCAUGCGGUCAUCCGGGUUCUCUCCGGUGUCAUUCAGCGAGGACGUCGCCGACGACGUGCGGUCAUUGCUGCGGCGGUACCGGGAAGGCUGGUCACUGCGGGAGGCAAGCGCAGACGACGCCGCGGCGGCCGGAGUGUUCCUUGCGUGGAAGGAUCAGGCCGUCGUGUGGGCAAGCGCGUGGAGGCCGUGAGAUGGAUGGAUCGAUCGGCACCAAGAAAGACGACAUUGCAUGCAAAUGCAUUUGUGUUUGGACUCGCACGUGCGCAUGGGAAGCAGGUAGUGUGCAUUUAUUGGUUGAUUCUUCACUUGGAUAGUCGCCCGUACCUAGGGUUUUUUCCAGUAGUUCACUACGCACGUAGAUCAAAUUGUUAGGUUCCUGAAACUUUGGAGGAACCGAUCGACAUUGUUGCGGUGCAUCCAUGGACCAUGGCCAUGCACGAGAGAUCAUAUGCACCUGUAGGUUCUUUAAUCUCUCAUUUGUUAGAUUUUAUGGCCCUCGACAAUUUCUUGGUAUUCCCUA